AUGAAAUCAUUAUCUUUCCUCCUCUUCCCCGCCAUCGGCCUCUGUAGAGGCAUCCUCGUCGGUCCCGACGUGGUGAAAGUCACCAAAAAAUGGAACGAUGUCUUUCCCUACACGAACUUCAACCGCAACGUUACUGUCCCAUUUUGGGAAACUGGGCUCCUGCCUGACCCCGCCUACUCGGAGCUCGAGGAGGAUCUUGAGAUGAUUGCGAAUGCGUCGUUUGUUGUUUAUGAUGAUGCUUUUUACAAGCUCCUCGGGAUAGAGGACCACACAGUCUCCAAAACCGUCGAGGCCAUCUUCACAUUCCCCCCACCCCCGAGCUACGCUCAGCGCCAAAUCCACGACGGCACAGUCUACGUCCCGGAGACAAACACCAUCUUCGCUGCGGAGCUCUUCUCGCCGAAACCGGGUUACGGCAUGCAAGCGAUUCCCUACGUCUGGCAAAUCGACAUCUCGAACCCCUCUGCACCCGUCACGGAGAAGGUGUACCCAGACCCACCACUUACGAUUGCCAACGGAGCCACCUAUUUCAACGGGUCCGUCUACUGGGCGCAAGAGGGGAACUCCACGGUUCCCAGCGCGAUUGUUCGCAUGGACCCCGGAACGCUCCAGACCGAGGUCGUGAAGAACAAUUUCUACGGCCACCGCUUCAACUCGCUGAACGAUCUCGUCAUUACCGCCGACGGCAUUGCGUUCUUCACAGACGGAUACUACGGCUACGCAAACUUCAACGACACGCUCGUCCCCGAGCUCGCCAAUGGCGUGUACAGAUGGGACUUGAACUCGGGUAACAUCAAAAUGGUCGCCGGCGCAGCAGAAGGCGCAUUCGUUAACCCCAACGGCGUUGCCCUGAACGCUGCGCAUACAAAACUCUUCGUGACGAACCGCGGGGAAACAAGCGCGGAUCCACAUGGUGGACGGACUAUAUACGUGCAUGAUAUCCAGGAGCAUGGCAUUUCGAAUCGAGAGAUCUUUGCCUAUGUCGACGCGGGGUUCCCUGAUGGGAUCAAGACGGAUCGCGAGGGGAGGGUGUAUGGGGCUGUUGUUGGGGCUGUUGAUGUAUUUGACAAGGCGGGGACGCUUUUGGGGCGCAUCAAGGUGGAUAAGGAUGAUGUCGCGGUCAAUAUGGCUUGGGCGGGCAGGUGGUUGUAUAUCUUUGGGCGGAAUAAGAUUUAUCGGGUUGAGCUGGAGACGGAGGAGGUUUGA